AUGUCCUACCAGCAGCCCCCGUAUCAUCACCAGCCCGGCUACGGCCCACCUCCCCCCGGACCUCCUCCCGGACAAGAGGGUUACUACGGCCCUCCCCAGCCCGGUUACCAACAGCCUUACUACGGCCAGCCACAGCCUCAAUACCAGCAGCCGCCCCCAGCUGCGUACGCUCCCCCAGAGCAGCAGAAGAGCAGCGGCGGCGGCAAGGGUUGCCUCGGCAGCUGUCUUGCCAUGUUGUGCUGCUGCUUCGUCUGUGAGGAGGGCUACUCCCCGACCUAUGACCUCGAUGAUAUCUUCUUUCUCCAUGGCGUUCGAAUUUUUAGAUCCGCCCGGCAGGAUUCUGGGACGGAUUCUGCUGCACUCAUUGGACCGCGCAAUUCUUUUUUGACGUCUCGUGUCGAGUCGGGCUUUCCUUCAAGAGACUGCCUCAAAGGUGGCAUCAAAUUCUAG